GGCGCAGAUGCGCGUGAACGAGCGAAUGUGCAGCAUCUCGUAACGGUCGGUGCCUCUUGCAACUUGGUGCUAGGACUGCGUAGAACUACCGGUGUCUGAAAACCGUUAUUGGACCGAAACCUCAUUCUCCAGAGACUCGUCGAGCGUCCGUCCCGUCGGAUAUGAAUCAGUUGUCGACCGGGAUAACAUGUUUCAUUAGUCAUCACUGAAUGCAGUUAGCAGUUACUAUUGUAAUUCUCUACACCUCUCUUCAUAAUGCCGUUCACGGCGGAUGCAGCGGCGACUCAGAUACAGGAGCGCCUGAAGAAUAUUUAUAAUCUUUUGCAUGAGAUUGAGAGCCAACGGGUCCGCUCGGAGCACAACAUUAACAACAUUAUAAAGACCCAUGAAAAAGUCUCGCCGGACGACAAAGUCACUCCUUACUACCAGCAGAAGUUAAAAAAUUUGUACAACGCCGCGAUGACCGACACUCAGCAGGAAGAGGAGAUCCUGCGCAAGGCUCUCACCAAGAUUAACGAGAUACGCACGAUACGAAACGAACGGCGCAUACAGGCGCGUCAGGCCGGCAACAAGGAGACCAUCAGGCGCGGCGCACUGAUGAAGAUGCUGCUGGACAUGGCGCAGAUCCUGCCUCUCUACGUGGGAAAAACACCGGGCGCCAAACCGCCACCGUUGUGCGGCGCGAUACCCGCCGAGCCUACGUACAUCGCGAAGAUGGGCGACAUGGUAGCCGCCCUGGUGAAGGGCAACGAAGAGGGGGAGAACUGGAUACUCGCGGAGGUUGUGCAAUUUAAUCCCGCUACAAACAAAUACGAGGUGGACGACAUCGACGAGGAGCAAAAAGACCGUCACACGGUAUCGCGAAGGCUAGUGGUACCGUUGCCCUUGAUGAGGGCGAAUCCCGAGACUGACCCGCACGCCCUAUUCCCGAAAGGAUCCACAGUAAUGGCGCUGUACCCGCAAACUACUUGUUUUUACAAGGCGGUCGUGCAACGUCUACCAAGUACCGCCACGGAAGAGUACCUGCUCCUGUUCGAGGACGCCGCUUAUCCUACCGGGUAUUCACCGCCAAUGAGUGUAGCACAGCGCUACGUCAUUUCCAUCAAAGAAAGCAAAAAGAAAUAAGACUCGAUGUUAGUAAGCAACAUCAUUUCCUAAGUUAUUUUUAAUUAUUAAUAAAAUCAUGUUUUUCAAAUUAAAUUUUGUAAUCGAGAGAAAACUUUGAGGUAAUUUUUACUUUUUAAUUGAAAAAGCGUACGUUAAAAAAAUCAACAAACAACGUAAGAUAACUAUGGCUAAGCUUCUUUUUACGUGAUGUAGAUUAAUCCCGUAAAUUCCAUUAUUAGGAAGAGGCAGUGUAUAUAUAACAAAGAAAUAUUUCUAGAAUAGAUACGUUUUGUCCCUUUGCGUUAUUUUAUACAAUUUUUUGUAUUUGACUUGUGAUAAAGUACAAUAAAUAGCAAAUUUUUAUAA